CCGCCGCCCGCUGAGCCGCUCCGCUCCGCCGGGACGAUGCCGCGCUGGGAGGCGGCCGCGCUGCUCGCCGCGAUCGUCGGCGUCUGCGUGUGGAGCGACGACCCCGGCAAAGUGAUCUCGGACCGCUACGCCGUCUAUUGGAACCGCAGCAACCCCAGGUUCCACCGCGGGGAUUACACCGUGGAGGUGAGCAUCAAUGACUACCUGGACAUCUACUGCCCUCACUACGAGGAGCCGCUGCCCGCCGAGCGCAUGGAGCGCUACGUCCUCUACAUGGUCAACUACGAGGGCCACGCGUCCUGCGACCACCGGCAGAAGGGCUUCAAACGUUGGGAGUGCAACCGGCCCGACUCCCCCAGCGGACCCCUCAAGUUCUCAGAGAAGUUCCAGCUCUUCACCCCCUUCUCUUUGGGCUUCGAGUUCCGUCCCGGCCACGAGUAUUACUACAUCUCUGCGUCUCCCCCGAACGUGGUGGACAGACCCUGCCUCAAGCUGAAGGUUUACGUUCGGCCGACGAACGAUUCCCUCUAUGAGUCCCCAGAGCCCAUCUUCACCAGCAACAACUCGUGCUGCAGCCUUGCAGUGCCGCGUGCCGUGCUGGUGGCCGCGCCGGUCUUCUGGACUCUGCUGGGCUCUUAGUGCCGCGGGACGGACGGACGGGACGG